UAUAGCGUAAUAUAGUGUAACCAACUCGCAUUUAUCAAGACGUUUUACGUUUGUGACAUUUAAUAUCUUUUAAUGCUGGACUUUUUUUUUAUGCGGCUUAUCCUGUAACACAACGAGCGUAGGUUGUAUCAUUGACUCAGUGUAGUCCAAUUUAAGGUGAUUAUUCAAUUUGUACUCGUUUUUUUAUGCACCAUUUAUACUUGCCAAAUAGUCGCGAACACUAGUCAUCCGAAAAACGGCAAAAAUAUCAUCACCCUCUAUGAAGAGACGGAAAUCUGCUUUAGGCGAAGAUGAUGAUCUGGAACGAGAAACAAAAAUAUUGGCUUCGUUUUAUCCUAGUCCACCACCAGUGGACUUUGUUGAAAGUACAAUGUAUGGACGUUACACGAAAGAAUUGGGUGACUAUGUCAAAGCAACAAGAAACAUACCCGAGCCCGCUAUUCACGGCAAUACAAACGAAGAGUUUAGCAAGUACGGCGGGAAAAUAAGUUCAACUUUAGAAGUAGUAUGGCGUCAUUCAUUCGCUAAGCUCAGCGAAGAUUGGGUAUUCCUCACUCUACUAGGUCUCGUUAUGGCCGUGCUUAGUUUCUUCAUGGACUAUGGUAUAGACUUCACUAACGAAGGAAGAAUAUGGUUAUUCAAAGAUAUGGCGUUCAACCAGUAUUUACAGUAUAUUUCUUGGGUACUGUUACCCGUCAGUUUGAUAACAUUUGCAGCUGGAUUCGUACACUUAGUCGCGCCUCAAUCAAUUGGUUCUGGUAUACCAGAGAUGAAAACCAUAUUAAGAGGUGUCGCGUUAAAAGAAUUUCUAACAUUAAGAACAUUGAUCGCGAAAGUAAUCGGCGUCACGGCCACUUUAGGUUCUGGUCUACCUCUAGGCAAAGAGGGUCCGUUCGUGCAUAUUGCCAGCAUAACGGCCACACUGUUGACUAAAGUAAUUACUUCGUUCAAAGGAAUAUAUGAGAAUGAAUCGAGGAACACAGAGAUGUUGGCUGCGGCGUGUGCGGUAGGAGUGGCGAGUUGUUUUGGGGCGCCCAUUGGUGGCGUGCUUUUCAGCAUUGAAGUAACCACCGUAUAUUUUGCAGUGAGAAAUUACUGGAGAGGUUUUUUUUCAGCCGUCUGUAGCGCGACAGUAUUCAGAUUACUAGCUGUCUGGUUCAAUAAAGCUGAUACGGUAAAGGCUUUUUUCCCGACUCAUUUCACGAUGGAAUAUCCGUUCGAUCCUCAAGAAUUGACGGUUUUUGCUUUACUUGGGGUAGUCUGUGGCAUAAUUGGAGCUGGCUACGUUUGGGCGCACAGGCAGUAUGUAUUGUUUAUGAGACAGAGUAAAAGAAUGAAUUCUUUCCUACAAAAGAACCGAUUUUUGUAUCCAAGUCUCAUCACGUUUCUCUCGUUGACAAUCACAUUUCCUUUAGGAACCGGUAAAUAUAUUGCUGGUGAACUAAACGUACAUGACCAAUUAACAGGGCUGUUUAGCAAUUUUACAUGGACGAAGAAAGAGUUUACCAUUGAAGAGGCAGAAAUGAUGAACCAUUGGCGGACGGAAAAUACUAACGUCUUCAUAUGUUUAUCGGCUUACAUCGUUUAUAACUUUGUGUUUUCCAUAAUUGCAUCAACCAUUCCAAUACCAUCCGGUAGUUUCAUACCAGUUUUUAAAACAGGAGCUGCAUUUGGUCGAAUUAUCGGAGAACUCAUGCAUUUAUGGUUCCCGUAUGGUGUUAGACAUGGAAAAUUCAUCACACCUAUUAUACCAGGAGGUUAUGCUGUAGUUGGAGCAGCAGCAUUUGCCGGAGCUGUCACCCAUUCGAUAUCAGUAUCUGUUAUUGCUUUCGAAAUGACAGGACAAAUCACUCACAUUGUGCCAGUUAUGAUCGCCGUGUUGAUAUCGAAUGCAGUAGCAGUAUUACUACAACCUUCACUGUACGACAGUAUUAUAUUAAUUAAGAAUCUCCCUUAUUUACCGGAUCUUCUCCCGUCUAGCUCGGGUAUUUACAAUGUGUAUGUAGAAGAUUUUAUGAUCAGAGAUGUUAAAUACAUAUGGUACAAUAUGAGUUACAGAGACCUAAAAAAAGUUUUGAGAGAAAAUAAAGUACUAAGAAUGUUUCCCUUGGUCGAUAAACCUGACUCGAUGGUUUUGUUGGGAUCAGUGCCUCGGAUUGAAUUGAUAAAACUGAUCGAUAGACAAGUAGGCAAAGAGAGACGGAUGCAGAUAGUUGCUAAAUGGCAGAAGGAAGCACAAGAGAAAUUAGACGAGGUCGAAAGAAAACGAAGAGAAAACAGAGAAAGAAGGCCAUCUAGAUUUGAAGUCACACCAGCACCAGAUUCUCUACAAGUACAAAGAAAGCAAUCGAUUAGUACUCAGUCACUGUCCACGAAUCCAUUAAUAAAGAAUGAAUGUAACUCUUCGAAAAGUCAUCCGAAGAAGUCAAUAUUAAAAAAGACCAACUCGUUCACAUUGCAUAACCUGACUCCGAUGAUGACCCCCUCGGUCACACCAUAUUCAACAAUAACCGGAGCCGAGAGUCGCAUAAGAAUAGCGUUUGAAGCUAUCUUUCAUAAGUCCGCUACACUGCGGGAUGCCAACCCGGAUCAGCAGAGCUUGACAGAUAUCACGGACAAAGAUAAAAGUUUAUCGGAAAUCAUACAAGUGUCCAAAAAAGUCCAACUGCCCAAAGAGCGAGUCAUAGACAUGUCGCCAGAAGAACAAAGUGAAUGGGAACGAAAGGAAAUGGACAAAAUAUUAGACUUCGGUUCAUGUCACAUUGACCCAGCGCCAUUUCAACUAGUCGAGAGAACUUCUUUACUCAAGGUGCACUCGGUGUUCUCGUUAGUUGGCGUCAAUCACGCGUAUGUGACCGCCAUCGGCCGUUUAGUUGGCGUCGUUGGCUUAAAAGAACUAAGAAAAGCCAUAGAGGAAACCAACUCGGGAACAAAACUGGGACACCAUAAAACUACAGGCUUCCGUAGCGCUGCAAUGGAAUCACUGUUAAGCAAGAGACAAAUGCAUGAUGACGAACUAGAAGAAAAAAUCGUGUUAUUAUUCAAGACUUGGAAGAAGAACUAACUACGUCAGACCUACCAUAUUUGAAAUAUGCUCCUGUCUCAUCUACCGAUGUAGAAUUUUUCAAAAUUCAAAAUGUUGUUAUCGGAUAACAGAAGAAGAUUUACUUUUGAUAAUUUAAAGAAA